AUGGCAAUUUGCUAUCUUUUCCUGUUCAUCUUCGCACUUCUGCACAAACCUCACAAGAUUAAUUCAAGUGCUUGCACAUUGGAUUUUACCAGGUUCCCUUACGAAGCGCAAAGCGAGUGCUUUGACAUGGAUGCCGCAGCUUCUUCGUGUUGUAGCUCUGCCCUCCAAUCUCUCUUCCAAGCAAUGACUCUAAAAUCUAGCCAAUCCAGAUCCAUAUUCCUCAAUUUUUUGGAAGCUCAGAAUUGUACCAACAUAUUCGAAAAUCUUCACAACAGGAUCAAUCUUAACAAAUGUGAGCUCCAAGACUUUAUCUCCUCUUCAACACGCGACCUGUGUUCGAACAAUGCGGAUCAAAUUAUUGAUCUUAUCGGGGUUGAAACGUAUAACGAGUUACUCUUCAAUUGUAAGGACUUAUCUAUCAGGAAUCACAGCGAUGAAGUGUGUUUCGAUUGCGUUGUUUCUUACAGGAAAACCUUGCAAGCUCUAAAGGAAAGAAACAGAUCAAGUGACAAAGGGUGUGCUGAAGCUCUACUUGUUAGUCUAGCUAGCUCAGAUGUUCAAUCCCCAAACUUUGUUCAGGGAACUUUUUCGUGUUUGUGGAACGAAAUUCAGUCUCCAUGGCCUACACAAAAAAGUCCAAACAAAGCCUAUAUCUUGGGAUCCAAGAAACUCCUUGCUAUAGUGAUCGUGGCAGUGGCGCUGGUGAUUUUAACUCCGAUUCUUUACAAGAUUACCAGAAAGCAACUAAAAUAUGCAAGCGAAAAAGAUAUCGAAAUCCUAUCCGUCUCCAAGAAGACAACAGAGGAUGAAUUAGUGAGUUUCUUCAACUGCUCCGGUCUUUACAUAUUCUCACGAGAUGAAGUGCUGAAAGCUACCAACUAUUUUGACGACUUAAACUUAAUUGGAGAGACAAAACUUGGAAAAUGCUAUGUUGGAAUAAUGCCGAGUGGAAUGCCAACGGUGAUUAAGAAACUAAACCAGGGGAUUAGGGUUCCGAGUUUUGGGGAUGAGGCGUGCCGGAAAGCGAAGAUUAGGCAUCCUAACCUGGGUUUAGCAGGUAAUGGAGCAGGUAAUGUGAAGGCACCAAUCUUGACAUGGGAACGUCGAAUGCAGAUAUCGAUCGGGGUUGCUCGCGGAUUAUGUUUCCUCCAUGCUAAUCCCUUGGAUAAAAUGGUUCAUGGAGAUGUAAAGGUAGCAAACAUAUUUCUGACUGAGAAACUUGAAGCCAAGAUCAUAGACUCCGACCUGUCAAGCUUCAAGCCACAUGAAAGAAAAGGGUUGCGAACCAUCAAAACAGACGUUUUCGAUUUCGGGUUUCUUCUGCUCCAAGUUUUGACAGGAAAGAAGGCAAAAUCACUAAUUGAGGAGGCAAGAGAUGCAAUAAUGAAAGGAGCAAGUAUAAGUGCCAUGGCGGAUCCACGGUUAAAUGGGGCUUAUGUUGCCUCUGAAUUUCGAAAUGUCUUGGCCAUAGCCGUUCGAUGCACGGCUCCGAAUGAAGGGGAAAGACCAUAUAUGGAAGAGGUUGUAAGGAAACUUGAAGAAACACAGAAUUUAGUCUGA